UAAGUAAAAUCAUUUGUGAAAGGUGUGUGUUUGUAAAUUAUCUCCUUGAUUUUGUUUUGAAAUUUCUAAUAACAAUGUGUGGAAUUUUUGCAUAUUUAAAUUACUUAACACCAAAAACACGACUCGAAAUUUUAGAACUAUUGGUUAAUGGAUUAAAACGAUUAGAAUACCGUGGAUAUGACUCUGCCGGCGUUGCUAUUGAUACACCCGAUGGCAAAGACAUGGCAUUGGUUAAGAAAAAUGGAAAAGUUAAAAUUUUGGAAGAUGAGAUUGCAUCAAGGAGAGAUGAGUUAGGUGCCAACGAAACAGUUAACAUUCAUGUUGGUAUUGCACACACUCGAUGGGCCACACAUGGUGUUCCAAAUGUGGCAAAUUCACACCCACAAAGAUCUGAUGCUGGACAUUCAUUUGUUGUGGUACAUAAUGGUAUUGUCACAAAUUACAAAGAAGUUAAAACAUUCCUAGAAAAACAGGGUCACAAAUUUGAAAGUGAUACUGAUACUGAAAUCAUUGCCAAAUUGAUUCAUCAUUUAUACGAAAAACAUCCAACUUAUUCAUUCCGAGAGCUUGUUGAACAAGUCAUUCAACAAUUGGAAGGAGCCUUUGCGUUAUGUUUCAAAUCAAAACAUUUUCCUGGUGAAUGUGUUGCUACCAGACGUGGAUCUCCUUUACUCGUUGGAAUUAAAACUAAAAAUCGCUUAGAAACUGAUCACAUUCCAAUUUUGUAUGGAAAAGAUGGCGACAACAACCAUCAAGAACAUAGGCCUCAUGGACGUGGAGAAUUACCAACUUUACCACGUUCUGAAUCCACUUCAGAAUUUCAACCUUUGGAAGAUAAAGAAGUUGAAUAUUUCUUUGCUUCUGAUGCUAGUGCAGUUAUUGAGCAUACAAAUCGUGUAAUAUACUUUGAAGAUUAUGAUGUUGCUGCCGUCAAAGAUGGUGUCCUCUCUAUUCAUAGAUUAAAACGUUUAACAGAUGAUCCACAUGCAAGAGAAAUUACCACUUUGAAAUUGCAACUUCAAGAAAUUAUGAAAGGCAGCUACUCAUAUUUCAUGCAAAAAGAAAUUUUCGAACAACCAGAAUCAGUUGUUAAUACAAUGCGUGGUCGAUUAAAUUUCGAAGACGGGACUAUUACACUUGGUGGUAUCAAAGAAUAUAUUCCAGAAAUAAAACGUUGUCGUAGAUUAAUGUUAAUUGCAUGUGGUACAAGUUAUCAUAGCGCUGUUGCUACUAGACAAUUAUUGGAAGAAUUAACAGAACUUCCUGUAAUGGUAGAAUUGGCCUCCGAUUUCUUGGAUAGAACAACUCCUGUUUUCAGAGAUGAUGUUUGCUUCUUUAUAUCACAAUCAGGUGAAACCGCUGAUACCUUAAUGGCAUUACGGUAUUGUAAACUACGUGGAGCAUUAAUUGUUGGAAUUACAAACACAGUUGGUAGUUCUAUUUGUAGAGAAUCUCACUGUGGUGUACAUGUAAAUGCAGGUCCUGAAAUUGGUGUUGCUUCAACAAAAGCUUACACAUCUCAAUUUAUAUCGCUUGUAAUGUUUGCUCUUGUUAUGAGUGAAGAUAGAAUAUCAUUACGGCAAAGACGUCAUGAGAUAAUAAAUGGAUUGAAACAAUUAGAAAGUCAAAUUAAACAAGUAUUAAAAUUGGACCAGAAAGUUCUUGAACUUGCUAAAGAAUUAUACAAUCAAAAAUCAUUACUUAUCAUGGGUCGUGGAUACAAUUUUGCAACAUGUUUAGAAGGAGCAUUGAAAGUAAAAGAAUUAACAUACAUGCACAGUGAAGGUAUAAUGGCUGGAGAAUUAAAACAUGGCCCAUUAGCUUUAAUCGAUGAUUCCAUGCCCGUUAUGAUGAUAGUCAUGAGAGAUCCCGUUUAUAUCAAGUGUAUGAAUGCUUUACAACAGGUAACUGCUCGAGAAGGUCGUCCAAUUGUAAUAUGCGAAGAAGGUGACAAAGAAACAAUGUCAUUUACUGAUAGAGCACUAGAAGUUCCACGCACAGUCGAUUGUCUACAAGGCAUUUUAACAGUCAUUCCAAUGCAAUUAUUAUCAUAUCAUAUUGCUGUAUUAAGAGGAUGCAAUGUCGAUUGUCCCAGAAAUUUGGCGAAGAGUGUAACCGUUGAAUAAGAAUGCAUAUUUGAAAAAAAAUGUAAGCCAACAUUCUUUUAUACGAAUUUAAUGAAAUAAAUACCUUUUAUACAAAAUAUUCCACGGAUAUUGUUAGAAAUUCGAAUACUUAAAAUAUUAAAAUAUAUAUUGAUCGUAUUAUAUGGUGUAAAUUUCAAGUACUUAAAUCGAACAUGACUAUAAAGCGCACAUGGCUGUUAAGUUUAAUUUCAUUCUUCGUUGGAACAUUAAAAUUGUUAAAUACGUAGCACAUUCAAUGGAAGUAAAGGUGAUUUUACGUAUUUGUAUACAUCACAAAACUUUUUAAAAUCAAAACAAACGAUAUAAGCGCAUUCUUUAAGCGAUCGAAUAAACGUUAUUGUUAUUGUUUCCACUUAAACUUUAAUUUUAACUUUUAGCAGCAUAUUGUACUUAACUUACUAUUAGAUCGAAUAUAUAGUGUGUCCCCGGAUAGAGGUAACUAUACUUGUAA